ACAGCUUAGAGGAACAAUCAUAGAAGAAAAAUGAUAGACAGACAUACACCCAACCAUCAUCCAUCCACAUCUUGAAGCAAACACCCACCUUAACCUUGGAUGGAAGAUAAAAAAUAAAUAAAGACUGGAUGGAUGAAGGAUAAUAAUAUACAUAUUACUAUAUUAUGUCUCGAGAAAAAUUUAAAGAAAAAAAAUAUACUCAUUAUAAUUUUUUUUUAUAUAAUUCAAAUCAAAUUGAAUCAAAUAAAUAUAUAUAUACAUAUAUUUCCCUCUUUCCCUUGGACGAUUCCUCUCCUCUCCUUUCUUUUCUUUUUCAAAUAUAAUCAUACUUUAGACCAUGGUUUUGAAGCACAACAACCAGUUGCCCAACCAGCAUUUCCGCAAGCAAUGGCAGCGCCGCGUUAAGACCUGGUUCGACCAGGCCGGUCGCAAGAAGUCCAGAAGAGUUGCACGUGUCCAGAAGGCCACUCGCAUCGCUCCCCGUCCCGUUGACGGUCUCCUCCGCCCUGCUGUCCGUUGCCCCACUCUCCGUUACAACAUGAAGUUGAGAUCCGGUCGUGGUUUCACCCUCGAGGAGCUCAAGGAGGCUGGUGUCCGCGCCAAGGAGGCCCGUACCAUCGGUAUUGCUGUUGACCACCGUCGUCGCAACAAGUCCCAGGAGUCCCUUGAGUUGAACGUUCAGCGUCUCAAGGCCUUCAAGGCUAAGCUCAUUGUCUUCCCCCGCAAGUCUGGUUCCCCCAAGAAGGGUGACUCUGAGGCUGCUGAGAUCGCUUCCGCUGUCCAGUUCCGUGGUGCUAUCCUCCCUGUCCAGCAGGUCGCUGCUGCCCCCGAGGCCCGUGCUAUCACUGCCGACGAGAAGAAGCAGGAUGCCUACAUGAAGCUCCGUUACGCUCGUUCCGCUGCCCGUACCCUCGGUGCCCGCGAGAAGCGUGCCAAGGACAAGGCUGAGGAGGAGGCCAACAAGAAGAAAUAAAUUCUUUAGUCAACUUCAACUCUCUACAAACAUGCAGCAUGCGGAAAUAAAAAUUGAUGAAUUUGCCCUCUUCACAAUCC